CGGCGCGGCCAAUGGGGAGCGCCGGGCCGCGCGGCGCCGCUGAGGGGAGGCCAUGGCGGCCAUGGCGGGCGCGGGCGGGCCGCGGCGUUGCCGGCGGCUGGAGGCGGAGGCGGCCCGCGCCGUGCUGGGCGCCGCCGACACGCUGCUGUUCGACUGCGACGGCGUGCUGUGGCGGGGCGAGGCGGCGGUGAGCGGCGCGGCGGCGGCGCUGGGCCGGCUGGCGGCGGCGGGGAAGCGCCUCUGCUACGUGACCAACAACAGCAGCCGGACGCGCGCGGCCUACACCGAGAAGCUGAGGCGCCUCGGCUUCCCGCCCGCCGAGCCCCGCCACGUCUUCGGCUCGGCCUACUGUGCCGCCCGCUACCUCCGCCAGGCCCUGCCGCCCGGCGCCGCCGCCUACGUGCUGGGCAGCCCCGCGCUGGCCGCCGAGCUGGAGGCCGCCGGUGUCCCGCCGCUGGGGCCCGGCCCCGCCGCCCUGCCCGGCCCCGCGCCCGCCGACUGGGCCCAGGCGCCGCUCGACCCCUCCGUACGCGCCGUCCUCGUCGGCUUCGACGAACACUUCAGCUACGCCAAGCUCUGCCAGGCCCUGCGCUACCUCCUGCGGGGCGGCCCCGACUGCCUCCUCGUCGGUACCAACCGGGACCACCGGCUCCCGCUCGAGGGCGGCGCUGCCAUCCCCGGGACCGGCUGCCUGGUAAAAGCAGUGGAGACGGCAGCCCAGCGCGAGGCGUUCAUCGUGGGAAAGCCCAACCGGUACAUGUUCGAUUGCGUGGCGAGCGAGUUCGACAUCGAUCCCGCUCGUACCAUCAUGGUGGGGGAUCGGCUGGACACGGACAUCCUCAUGGGCAACACCUGCGGCCUCACCACGCUGCUGACACUCACCGGCGUCACCACGCUGGAUGAAGUGCAGGGUCACCAGGAGAGCGACUGUCCUGCCAGGCAGAGCCUGGUUCCCGAUUACUACGUCGAGAGCAUAGCCGACCUCCUCCCGGCGCUGGGGGAUUAGUAGAGCAAAAUGCUUGCAGCCUGCGCAGCGGCACCCUGAGGAGGGCCCCUCUUAAUCACCUUGUGACAGUAACGUACUCACUAGGAUACCACCCGGAGUUAGCAGCCCUUCGCUUCUUAACCUUCCUGCCCUCUUGAUACGAUUUUGUUUACACCUCAGUCUAUAAAUGCACUUUGAAACUAAGAGGGCAUUACAGUGUCACCCAAGUCUUGGGGCCUUUUUUUUUUUUUUUUUUUUUAAAUUCGAAGCGACACAUCUAUCCAAAUGUUUGUGGUACAUGAUGUCGCAUUGUCCUCUGGACUGAGUCGAGGGAAGUAGAGCUGGUUGAUCUGAGGAAAAGAGCCCAACGUCUUGCAGCGUGUCCCCACCUGGGCAGGCUGUGGCUCAGUCUGGUUUAUUCAGGGAAAUGACUCUCGGAGUGUGUAGUAACUUAGCAGCUGUGUUUGGAGACACUUGCAGUGGCUGGCAGAAUUAGCAUUUGGCCUUUUUUUUUUUUUUUGCCUUUUUUUUUUUUUUUUUUCCCAGCUGAGGUCCUGUUUAGUAGUACAGCCCGCUGCAAGCGCAAUGUCAGGUCACAGAAACAAAUCUGUCUCCUUUAUUUGACCGUUGCAAAUCGCACUUGUGAUACGGAUUAGGAUGAUUCCACUCACAAAAUACAGAUGGUGUCUUCUGUAUAUUGUACUUGUCCAAGCUUUGGGUGUAUGUAUAAAGUACAUGUACAUAACAAGAACUACCCUAAUCCUAAAUAUAUAUCGGAAUAUAUUUAAAAUAUAAAUUUAAGUAUAGUAUAUGAUAAUAUAUCGUGUUUCCCAGAAGGGAGGAUGAGAGGAAUGUACUUCACUGAUCCCAGUAGAUUCAAUCCCAAGCUUUUGCAUUCGGUAAUGCAGAAACUCUCUAACCACAUAGGACUGUCCUUCACUACUGCUGCUUCCCAGAAACACCGGGGCCGAUUGGUACCGAGUUAGUUCUUGUACUUCCCUCAGCAUCAAAACAGCCGCUUGCCUUGGCUUCAGCUGCAGAGUCUGCACUAAUGCUCGGCCCAUGGGGCAUGGCUGUAGUACGGCUGUAGUACAGCUGUAGUACACCAGAAUAAUCCCGUGGGAGUACUGGCUGCGUGUGACGAUGGCAUGUGCUUCCUUUCAAUAUUUGAGGUAAAUGUUAAGAUCUUCCACGUGUGCCUGGCAUGGGGGCCGGGCACCGGCUGCGUGUCCGAAGAGGAGUGCUUGCUUGCUCAGGCGAUGACUUCAUUUUGAUCUUUGGGUGGGUUUGGGUGAUGCACAGCUCAGGCUACAGGGUCGAUUUUUGUGCUGGCUGAAUUAAGGGCCACAGUUGAAAGCUUUUGCGUUACAGAAUUCAGUGAAAAAAUAUAUAUGCAAAUAACAUGCUUUUAUUGCGUAGAAUCCACUAUUGGCAAUUAAUUUUAAACACUGGCCUGCCUUCAUCUCCCGGUGUUCAGCUCAGCUCUAGCAGCGUGUCGAUGCCAUUUCCUUCUGCUCGGACACUCGAAACCAGUAGACUCGCAUCUUGUUUGUACAGCAAUAACGGUGCAGUUCCUGCUCUCUUUGGGUGUUACACAGUAUUAGCUGUUGUGAAAGGGUGUUCGUUUGUAACUCGGAGCCGUGGGAGGAAGCAUGGAGCAUCCCUUCCCUGUUCCUGCCUCCAGCUAGAAGGCUGGGGCUGUGGAAACUCGCAGAGAAAUACUUGGACGUAGAACUUUAUCUGGGUAACGUGGAGUGGAUAUUGCGGAUUUACUGCGGGUAGGGUCUGGCUUAACGACGUGUGCUUUGAUUUGGUUCCUCUAUCUGGUGCUUAUAAUUUCAGAAUAUGGCAAGUAAACGCCAGGAGAGGCGUCUGGCCUCGUUCAGGCCGUGCGCUGUCCCUGCCGAGUGCUAUCCACUGUCCAAGGGAACCAUUACCUCGAUUCACGUGUGCUGAAAUGUGCUGGUGAAGGUGUCGGUCGUGCUUCAAAACUCUGUAUCAACUUCCAAACGGUUUUUAAGCCUCUACUUGAAUUCACAUUAAACUCACAAUCCUGCUUC